GACCUGCAACAUUUGUUUAGUAUGAGAAGCAAUGAGACACAGACGAGGAUGCAGCCCACGUGGAGGCAUGUCUGCCUGGAAGCAUGUCUGCCUAGGACUUGGCAUUGGUGCUGCCCUGGGAGCAUUAUUAGGUAGACGCCCCUGGCAUGGUCCAAAGCAGGCCCCCGCUGCAGUACAGUCGCGCGUCGUGACCGUCGUGCGACGUCCACGAACCACGGGCAACCACACCGUGGUCAUGGGCCAGUUCAAUACGCGCCUUCGCUCAGCAACGGUCGCGGCCUGGGCUUCCGCGUGGUCGCGCCUUCGGCUCGUCGACGACGUGUUUGUGGCGGUGCCAAUCAGCACUACUGGAGCGCCGGCGCCGUGGACGCCGGCGGACCUGGAGGCCGAUCUCUCGCCAUACCCCGCAGGGAAGGGACUGUACGUGCUGACGUAUCCCGGGGACGGUGGCGUCAUUUCACCGAGCGCCAACCUGGCCUUCGUCAUCCGAACGGUUGGUGCAGCUGCCCGUGGCGUUAUGUAUGUGCACGAUGAUAUGCUCGUGGCCUCAUCCAUCAUUGCGAGACUCGGCAACGACGCCUGGAUCACGAAUAACCGCCGUUCCACCCUCCGCCUGUAUCCAAACGGGUCAGUGGUCGGUCUGGCGCCCGGAUGGAUGCACACGCCCGCUUGCGAAGCGGGAUUUGCGAGAUUUGCUCGUAGCCCCACGGCCAAACCUCUGCUCAACGCAUCACCAUUUCUCGUGGUCGGGGGGGGGCGUGCGGACUUCUUGUACGUGACGACAACCUCCGACGAGCAGGUACGGAUACUAUUGCGCUUGCUUGACGGCGUCGUCCAGGCGCGGCUUUUUCUCGAAUGCGCCCUCCCGUCUGUUGUGGAGAUCAUGGAGCGGCUGUUUGACGUGCCCGUGUAUGCCGCGAAGCUGGCCCAGGACCCGCCGCAACUCAAGACUGUGCUCGAUCUGAUCGCAGGCGACAGCGCACGACGCGCUCACCCGAUCCCGGAGCUAAUGCACCCAAUCAAGCUGAAUAUGGUUGGCAUUUUGCCCUGGGUGGCCGCGUUUGAAGCUGCCACGGGUCUCGCUGACGGCGCGCCAUAGUAGCUGAUACUGCCGUCGGAAAACUUGGUUGUGAUUUGUUGCCAUCGAACCCGUCGGACCUGUGCUUCCGUGCGGGCCGCCACGAGGAUAAUAUGGAGGCCAGCCCUGCUUAGCCGAGAACCCUUCGUUCGGCCUCGAACUUGGGGCAAUCAAAUACUCAGUAGGCUAGUCACGGUAGUACUACCGCACGACCGCGUCAGGCGACCUAUCUGGCAGCUCAUCGGGUACAAGUAGUACCCGGCCGCGCCUACGCAUCCGUCCCACGCAAUAGGUACCCGAGGGCCCCUGGGAGACUAAAUUACCAGCAUAGAAGCGA